AAUAUAAUUCAGUUUCAGAGAUAAAACAUUGUCUCGUAUAUCGCAUAAGUUCCUGUGGUCGUGUCACAUUAUGAAUGACUGGAGAGGGCGGGCACAGUUGCGUACCUAAGCGUGAUUCGUCACAUUAGCCGUGAAUUGAUUGGUUAUUUUCACAAAGCGUGGUAGACGGUUAGGGGUGGAGCCUAUCCACCACGUGGGUGGUUUUAACCGGCUUGCGGAUAGGUCAUUGCUAGCAAAGUCUACGCAUUUAUUCCGGUGAUAGGUCAGAAGGACUUUGUGCGGUAGGCGUGGUCUCAGUGUGGAGGAGCAGGGCUCCGAUGCGCCCGCUGUCGGUGAUUUUGCGCUGGAGUCGCCGUGAGCAGCAUGGGCAGAGACCGGAGGACUUUGUUACUUUUUUAAGGCGUGUGUAGUUUUGUGGAACCUGACGCCGAAAGAUACAUUCUGCACACAUUCAUUUUUUUAGCUCAUAAAAUAAAUAUUUUCUAGCAUAUAAUUCUUCUGCCUUUAUUUGAACAUGCGGAAAUAAGUCUACAGAUGAUUUAUACUGCAAGGUCGAUUUUGCAGUACAGAUUCUAUUGUUAGCUCAGUAGCUUUUCAGUGAUCGACGUAUGCAGUCUUUAAAACGGGACAUCUGUUCUGGUCGUGGGAUCGCAAGCACACCCCCGUAACCGAAAAGGAAAAUAUAGAAAUUAGUAAUAUAUGCAGAAAAAGGGAAAAUCUUUGAGACUCGAAUGGACCAGCAUCCCACCGCCAGUAGCUGCACCAGUCGCGGAGCUCCGUCCUGCGAGGCCGUCCCAAGCGAGCCCUCCAUGAAUGUGCUUAUUCACUCCACAACCGGCACACGCUUCGAAGUUUCCCUUCCCCUGGAAGAGACGGUGGAGGGGCUGAAGAGGAGGCUCUCGCAAAGGCUCCGCGUCCCCAAGGAGCGACUUGCUCUGCUGCACAAGGAGACGCGUCUACAUUCAGGAAAGCUGCAGGAUUUUGGUGUCUCAGAUGGGAGCAGGUUAACACUUGUACCAACAGUUGAGGCAGGUUUGAUGUCCCAAGCCCCAAAGCCAGAACAAUCCAUCAUGCAAGCUUUAGAGAGUUUAACAGAAACUCAGGUCAGCGACUUCCUGUCGGGCCGGUCGCCGCUGACAUUGGCGCUGCGUGUGGGCGACCACAUGAUGUUCGUCCAGCUGCAGCUGGCUGCGCAGCAGUCUGGGGGCCAGCAGAGCGCGACGCAGGCGACGCAUCCUCCGCAGGCGACGCAUCCUCCGCAGGCGACGCAUCCUCCGCAGGCGACGCAUCCGCCGCAGCUGCAUCCCCGGGGCGGCGCCGGGGCCACAGGGGGCCCCGGGACUAGCGCUGGCACUUUCAAGAUCCCACACCGUUCCCAUUCUGCAGCCCCCCCCUCGGCCGUUUCAAACCCCGCAUCCCCCACUGCCCCCUUCGGCCCCACCCAGAAUGGCUGUCUGCUCCCAGGAAGUCCCCUUCACUCGCACCCGCACCCUGUUUCCCAGAGAGCCCCCCCUGCCAUGGCCUGCCCAGAGGCCGCUACCGGCUCCAGAUGCCCCCCCCAAAGUGCCGCGGCCCCCCCUCGCCUCCGCAAGCCCGGGGCCGUCAUCGAGAGCUUCGUCAGCCACGCCCCCGGGGUUUUCUCGGGGACCUUCUCAGGCACGCUGCAUCCAAGCUGCCAGGACAGCAGCGGGCACCCCCGUCGCGACAUCAGCACCGUCCUGCAGAUCCUCAAUGACCUCCUGAGCGCCACUCGACAGUACCAGGGCACGCCCCCCUCGCUGGCCCAUCUGCGCUGCCAGGCUGGCUCGUCCCCUCCCCCGUCACCGACCGCUCUGCCAGCCUCCCCCACUCUGGCCGCACCAGUGGGCCUCGCUACCUCACUGCCCCCCGCCGGCACGGCCCCUCUGUACCCGCUGGUCAAGUGCCAAAGUCGGAUCCGCGUGUGCAACCCUACCGGUGACCGCUUGAGGCAGACGGAGAACCGGACCAUGCGCUGCAAGGUGGAGCGCCUGCAGCUGCUGAUGCAGCAGCGGCGUCUCCGCCGGAAGGCUCGGCGGGACUCGCGCUCGCCGUACGCGUGGGCACUGCCCGCGGGCGGCCGCAAGGCGGGCCGCAGCAACAGCAGCAGCAGCAGCGCAUCCAGCGAGGCCUCCUUGGGCCUGGACUUCGACGACGCCGUUUGGAAGCCGGACGUGAAGACAGACCUGAGCUCGGAAUUCAUGGUGGCAUAACGGGGGAGGGGGGAAAUUCAGAGGAGGUCACACGGUCAAGUCGUGGGGAUGGAGCCUAUAGACCACUUUCCUGGGGGGCUGGAUGCCUCCCAGCGUCGCCUCACUGGUGUGCCGUUCUUGUCUCGAACACAAGAAGCUGGAAUUUGGACAUCAUAGGACUACAGAAUUAAGCAUGAAAACAGCAGUGAUUACAGGACUGUACUGCCUUUAAGAAAUAGAAUACAGCUGAUUUCAGUGUUGCUAAUUAGUUAUAUUUUUUAAUUUCCUGAGGUGCAUGCUGGAUGAAUGCCCGCGUCUGACUGCAGUGGGACUAUCCAUGUUCUGGACAGUUUCUGCAUUAAGGGACGUGUGUCCUGAUACAGGAAGGAAGGGACACUAUGACAUGCUCCGGUCUCUCGUGAUGGACUCCUCGUAUCCGCCAAUCAGAAUCGAGUAUUUGAUUAAUACAUUUUUUUUUUCUCCCUCCCACUUUCAUAUUCCAACAGAUAUGUAGCAUUAUUCACAAAGCAUUCAGGUUUUCAAACGGUUUUUGCACAUUUUUAUGAUUUUUUUUAUUUUUUUUGGACAGUUGGACUUCUUGCAGUGAUGCGAGUGGAAACAUGAAAGAUUAAAUUAUCGAAAGUUCUCUGUUAUCGCAAGGAGACUGUCAAAAACAGCCUGUCUUAUUCAGAUGAUGCUCAGAGAAAACACACAGCGAAGAUAAGAAAUACAACUGCUUUAGAAGGCUAUAGAAUGUUAAAUUUAAAAUGAGAAUCUAUUUUUGUUUUUUUUUUUCUUUUUUAUGUGCUGUUUGAAUAAAAACAGUAAAACCAGUACAGCUUGAUUGGUUCAAGCCGGUAAUUCAGUAAAUAUUCACGGUUUGUCAUAUACGGUCAUUUAGUCAUUCUUGAUUUUAAAAACCUCAGAUGUGUGUAAGAAUAGGUACCAUUUACAGUGCGGAAGAGAGAGAAAAAUAUAUAUAUAUAUAUUUACCUAUCAAUGUAUCGUCUUGUUGCCUUUAAUCCAUUUCUAUGUGUGUGUGAGAGGAUUUGUUUGAAUUCUUGUAGGCGGAUUUCUGGGUGUGGCCAGUGGCUGUGAUUGGCUGCUUAGCAAGCCGAAACCUUGGGCUGUAUUUGGGUACGCUCUGGGUAAUUCUUGUAGGCAUGGCCGUAGUAUAGAGGUGGGUCUGUUUGACGUGUAGGAAUGUCCGUUUUAUGCUGGGAAAACGGUGACAGUAUUUGCAAACCAUCUCGGCCACGAGAAUCUUUUUAUUCGCCGCGAAGAGUUUUGUUCAUCAGCUGGUCCGACCAGAUGCUUGAACACAGUCUGGCUGCGAUUCCUCUCUGCGCCCUUCUGGAGUGAGGAGCCUUCACCCUAACCCACCAAUCAGUUUCGAGCUAUUCUAAAAAAACAUCGUUUUCCAGUGUCCCUCGCUCUAAAUUGGUUAAACGUGUAAGGAUUUGGGCUGAAAUAAGCUUGGCUCAUUUUUAUCAAUCAGUGCCUCAAAGCUGAGUAUUGCUUACAUAUCAGAUUGGACAUCUGAAGGUCAUUUGCUGCUAACUCGUGGUGUUGUGGAGAAAAACACCCAGUGUAAACUGGAGUGUAUACACGCAAUUCUCUGGAAUAUUUUUGGAUUUUUUUCCCCCUGAUGCCGAAGCGUGAUUGACUGGGUCUGCAGAUCCCUGCGACAUAAGCGACCUACAGGCCGCUGCAAAUCUCAAGGCACACGGACAUUUGUAUCAUUCUACAUUUUUGUCCCCCUAAAUCUUGUGUUUUUUUUUUUUAAUUCCUUUUAAUUCAGUGCUGGAAGAUGACCUCAUUUAAGUGCCCUUAUCCUUGAUGGGAGGUGGAUUUUGGAUUUUCAUUUUUUGCAGCAUUUUGGCAGUUCUGGGGUUAAGCAUCCCAAGUUCUCUGCACCGUUAAACUUUGCCCUUGACUGAGUGGAAUUCAGUCCUUUCUGGUACUGCUGUUUAUCACUUGUACAAACCCAAAUAUGGACAAAUUACUUGGAGCUGGUGGUUGUAAUGACAUAAGAAGCCUUGUUCUAUACAAUAAUGCCAAUCCCUUGGUCUGGUAUGUGAGAAUGAUUUCUGUUUAGUUUGUUUCAUGUCCUUCCUCCUCUUUCGUUUUCCUGUGUUGCCAUCCUGUCCCCAUUAACAGUAAGGAAUCACGCUCCACCCGUCUGCAGUACUGUGGCUGUAGUUACAGAGCCGUCUGUUAACUGUCUAACAGCAUUUACUGUCUCCCGGAAUCAAUGUAUCGGCAGUAAUUUUGGGCUCCUAUGACUCCGAUGCUUUUACACUUGACAUUUUGCGGAUGUCAAAAUGUUCUCGCUGUACGUGCCUGACGUAUUCGACAGACGAAGAGACCCAGAGUUUAUAAAAUGAUGAUUUUACAGGGGUUUAUGGAUUUAUGUUUCAAUCACCUCAUGUAAUUGCGCCUUCAUAUUUGUAGCCAGCCAGAUGAAUUGAGACAUGAUGAUUUGCUAUGUUCUAGUGAUAGGCCAGUGUAGCACGUGUGACUGUAUUAAUUUAUGAAACCAAAAUGGUAACUGUGAAUUUAGGUAUCUUAGUGCAUUUAAAAGUGGGAGGGUACAACUUAGUUAUGGAUAAAGUGUCUUUUUUUUUUUUUGUGGAAAAAUGGAAGUCAUUUUCCAAAAAAAACUUUUUUUUUCUUAAGCAAUACAUUUCAGUGUGACUUGUAAUAGAACUUUUUCUUAUUUAGGUAAUAAAUUGAAAAACAAGCUUGAAAACGGUA